AAAGAAGAGGUUCCCCCUGAGCAGCAGGAGUGCAGCUCCAGUCUGGACCAGGAGGAGCCAGAGCCCCCACACAUUAAAGAGGAACAGGAGGAGCUCUGGACCAAUCAGGAGGCAGAGCAGCUUCAAGAUCUCACCAAGUUCCCCUUCACUGCCGUCACUGUGAAGAGUGAAGAUAAUGAAGAGGAAGCUCAGUGCUCACAGCUUCAUCAGAGCCAAACUGAGGAGAACAGAGAGGCAAAGCCUCCAGCCAGCAGCUCCACUGAACAGAUGAAAACAGAAGCUGAUGGAGAGGAACCAGCCAGGAACUCAGAUCCAGCUGCUGAUUUCCAAGCAACUAGUGAGGGCCAGCUCCUCUCUUCACACUCUUCUGAAGCUGAGACUGAUGACAGUGAUGACUGGGAGGAGAGCAGAGAGCCUCAGUCAGGUUCAAACCCACAGAGUGAACUCCUUUUCAGUGAUGAUGGAUCUGAUGAUGCAGAGAAACCAUCUUCCUGUUCUGUGAACAAGAACACAGGAGAGAAAGUGUGGAGCUGCUCUCUAUGUGGUCAAAGCUUUAAACUAAAAGGAACCAUAAAGAGACAUAUGAGAGUCCACACAGGAGAGAAACCAUUUACCUGCUCCAUCUGUGGUAAAGGUUUUACAGAUAAAAAAACUGUCAGUACACACAUGAGAGUCCACACAGGAGAGAAACCCUUUAGCUGCUCAGUCUGUGGUAAAGGUUUUACACAGAAGGGACACUUUAAUACACACAUGAGAAUCCAUACAGGAGAGAAGCCGUUUACCUGCUCGGUCUGCGGUAAAGGUUUUGCAGAUAAAAAAACCUUUCACGUACACAUGAGAAUCCACACAGGAGAGAAACCGUUUAGCUGCUCAGUUUGCGGUAAAGGUUUUACACAGAUAGGACACUUUAAAGCACACACCAGAGUUCACACAGGCGAGAAACCAUUUACCUGCACAGUCUGCGGAAAAGCAUUUAGUGAUAAACGUCAUUUAAAACCUCACAUGAAUGUCCACACCGGAGAAAAACCAUUUAGCUGCUCAGUCUGUGGUAAAAGUUUUGCACGGAAAAAUUACCUCAGCACACACAAACGAAUUCACACCAUUUGGAAACCAUUUAGCUGCUCAGUGUGUGGCAAAAAUUACACAUGGAAACAUGACCUCAACACACACAUGCGAACACACACAGGAGAGAAACCGUUCAGCUGCAGUGUCUGUGGAAGAGGUUUCAGCAGGCGUGCAGAUGUUAGAGGUCAUGAGUGUGCCGGUGAGACACACCUGAGUGCUGCUCACACACAUGUUGUUUUAAUACAGGCUAAUGCAGUCAACACCACUGGCCCAUAUGUUUCUAUUUGCCACAACCCAGGGGGACAAUAAGCAAACUGAAUAAUACUCUAUACUCUCUCUUUGCUCUUGGACAUCCACAUACACCGCUGCUGCAUUUACUUUAAACUGAUACAUUUUACUGCUUUUUCUGUUUUAUGCAAUUCUUUGUUUUGUUUUGUUUUUUUCUCUUAUGCUGUUACUUUUACUGCCACAAUUAUUACCAUCAUUCAACAUUUUCUUUCUCAGAGCAGGAUGUUUUGAAAUAUUCUCAUUGACAAUGUGAAAAUAGGAUAACUUCUUGCAAGAACAAUUAUUUGCAUAAAAAAUGAAUGAAACUACAUGAGGACAGAGUUACUAUUAUCCUGAGGUUGUCUGUUACUUUACUGGACAGUUGUGUUGUGUAUUGAGUCGAGGCUACAGGAUUGACCAGGGAUGGGCAACUUUUAUGGGGGUAAGGGCCACAAAAUAAUGUGAGUGAUCAUUAGGGGCCGCAGUGACUCGCAGGGCAGCGAACCCACAGCCACACUGCACUGUCUCUCCAUCAGACUGGGCUUUUUGGCUUUUUCUAGCUCCAGCUCUGCUUGUUAGGAAGCAUCAAAAGAAUAUUUUUGUGCUGUGGUAGCUCUUUUGCUCGUUUAUAUUUCUUUUAAGAUCUUUAAUGAUGGCAAG